UAGACAGCACUUAUUUGGACGUACAUCAAGGUUCGAUUAGUUGGAGAAUUCUGGACUACAUAGAAAUAAUACUGCCUGACUGAAGUAUAGGAAAAUAACAGCUGCAUCCUCGUCAAAGCUUUUCACCUUUUGCUACCUUGGGAUGGCAAAAACAACUAAAUCUGAUGUGGAGGAGAGACCUCAGUGGGACAACAAGGUUCAGUACCUGUUGACAUGUAUUGGCUUUGCAGUGGGACUUGGAAAUGUUUGGCGUUUUCCAUACUUGUGCCAAAUCUAUGGAGGAGGUGCAUUCCUCAUCCCCUACCUGAUAGCUCUGGUGUUUGAGGGCCUCCCCUUACUCUACCUGGAGUUGGCAAUUGGACAAAGGAUUCGCAAGGGCAGCAUUGGUGUCUGGAACUCCAUUUCUCCAUGGCUGGGUGGAGUUGGAAUUGCCUCCAUGUUGGUGUCAUUUCUGGUGUCUAUUUUCUACAACACCAUCCUGGCAUGGGUGCUCUGGUAUUUCUUUCACUCUUUCCAAAACCCCCUGCCAUGGAGCCAGUGUCCGCUCAAUGACAACCAUACAGGUUAUAAUGUGGAGUGUGAGAGGAGCAGUCCAGUAAAUUAUUUCUGGUACCGUGAGACCUUAAACAUCACACCUGAUAUUGAGACCAGUGGCUCCCUGCAGUGGUGGAUGGUCAUAUGUUUGGCCAGUGCCUGGUGUAUCGUCUACAUCUGCUUCAUCAGAGGGAUUAAGUCAAUGGGAAAGGCUGUGUACGUGACAGCCACUUUCCCGUACCUGGUGCUCACCAUUUUCCUGAUCCGUGGCCUCACUCUGCCUGGAGCCACUGAUGGACUAAUCUACCUCUUCACUCCUAACUGGGACACUCUCAAAAAUCCACGUGUGUGGCUAGACGCUGCAACCCAGAUCUUCUUCUCUCUCUCUGUGGCCUUCGGGGGUCUCAUAGCUUUCUCCAGUUACAAUGAAGAAAGAAACAACUGCGAGAGGGAUGCUCUCUUAGUGGGAAUAAUAAACAGUGCCACAUCUCUCUAUGCCUCCAUUCCUAUCUUCUCCAUCCUGGGAUUUAAAGCUACAACUGCCUACAACUCCUGCCUUCAGGAUAACAUCUUGACUCUGACCAACCACUUUGAGAUUUCAGACCAGAACAUAACACUUGAGAACUAUGAUCACUGGUUCCAGUAUCUAACUAAUACAGCCGCAGAUGAGGUUGCUAAGUUGCCCUUGUAUACAUGUGAACUGCAAACAUUCCUUGACCAGACCGCAUCAGGUACGGGUCUGGCUUUCAUUGCGUUCACUGAAGCAGUGAUAGAAAUGCCAGGCUCACAGGUAUGGGCUGUGCUAUUCUUCGUCAUGCUCUUCAGCUUGGGCCUCUCCUCCAUGUUUGGGAACAUGGAAGGAGUUCUGACACCCAUCCAUGACCUCAAACUAUUGCCGAAGUGGAUCCCUAAUGAAGUUGUAACAGCAAUCGUCUGCCUGAUAUCCUUCUUGACAUCCCUCAUCUUCUCACUGGGCUCAGGGAACUACUGGGUGGAGGUCUUUAACAACUACGUGGGCUCUGUGCCUCUGCUCGUCAUUGCAUUCUUUGAGUUUAUUGCGGUCAUUUAUGUCCAUGGAAUGAAAAAUUUCAGUGAAGAUAUCUAUUUCAUGACCGGGUCAAGGCCCAGCAUCUUCUGGAAGGCAUGCUGGAUGGGUAUCAGUCCACUGUUGCUCCUCUGUGUGUUAGUUGCCUACGUGAUUGUCCAAGCACAGAGUUAUCCAGUCUAUCCUGCAUGGAACGCAACUAGGGAACCCUUCCCUGGCAAUGAAACAGUGCCUUACCCUGACUGGGUAUACGCCAUCAUCAUCCUUCUCUGUGUCGUACCUGUGAUUCCCAUCCCUCUGGUGGCGCUCUUCAGACUGAUCUUUUGUAAAACAAAGAAGUCUUCCACUCCCAUUGACCCAAACCCCUACACCAACGAUGCCUUUGAGAUUGAAACACAGGAACCCAAGAACCAGGAGCACAGACAAUCCUGAAGUGUUCCUGAGUCGGUGGGACUUCCAUUCAUUCACAGAAGAGCUGAUGGAUAAUCUUUGUUGUGGAACUGUAAUAUUCUCCAAUUCUAUUCGAUACAUAGUUUUUAUUAUGUGUCAUUUGUACAACAGUGAAAUUAUAUUCUUGUAAAGUCUUGUUUUGUGGAUAUGAUGUAAAAAAAGAUUUAACAAAAACAAUACUGACAAAGCAGUCAUUUAUUAUACAUUCACAGAAAGUUUUAUUUGAAUCACUCAGAGUUAUUUUAGCAGUCACACAACAUCAAUGCAUUAGGUGCUAAGGUUCCUGUCGUUCAUCCGGAGAUCUUUUUAGAACUCAAAAAGGGUCACAUGUUCCUUGUGGAAAAAAACAAGAAGUGUAAAUCUAAGUCCAGAGAGACAAACAGCCAUAGGGAUGUUACAGUGUCUUGGACAGUAGCAGGGUGAUUGUCAGCUAGCCAUCUUUAUUGAUCUGGUCCAUGUUGUUUAAUUUUUGUUUUAUUGGGUGUUUUAAUGGCUCAGGUUUAUAACCUAAGUGGUUCAUAUCAGUUGACUAAAACCAGAUUUCCUGUCACGGCAUGACAGAAAAAAAUGGCAAACUGACAGGCUAGAUAAAUCCACGACCAAUCUCAAAGCGUUGCUUCUUCCACUCCUUCAAAACCUAAAGUUGAGUCAAGAGUGAAAAGGUUUAAUUUUGAAUGUGCGUACAUUUCAAUAAGUUUGAGAUACAUAGACCAAAUUUGCAACAUAAGCAAAGAUGGACAGUACAGUUUAUGCAUUGUGUGGUCGUGUUUAACAAUGUAGUUUGAGCAAGUUGGAGGUCUACACCUGGAUGGCCAAGAAAUCAACUGGGAUCCUGGGAUUAGUUGCUUGUCGCACCCUGGCCAGCCUCAGGUCCCCCAAACGCCACUCUAGACUGCGCUUCCCUGUCGAAAGGAUGAAGAAAUGUUUUUCUUCUUUACCAACUUUAAAAUAUUCAACUUUUUGACGCCUGUUAAAUAAUAAAAAGUUAGCAAUAAAUUCACUGUACAAACUGUACUGUACUUUGUACAUACUUCUGUGAAGGUGUGGGAGAAGACUCCUGUAAAGUGGACGGUGUUGUGACAGCACCAACGAGAAGGAAAGACAGAACAGCAGCUCUACUGCUUCAUACUGCAAAAUACCAGUCUGAGCUUUGCUGCCUAAACUCAGUCCUGAAUCAAGAGAGAGAUUAAGAAGUGAUACAAAAUAAUUUAUGAAAUACAUAUUUUUUGAGAAAAAAAAAAAAUUUAUAAAGGGAAAAUGAUGCCUUUGUUGCUGAUCCUGAUGAGCUGAUUUGCGUACUCUGCCAUGUCCCAUAUCAUCUGCAGGAAGUACGCGGGGUUCUUAGCAACCGUCUGACCAAAGGGCAAACUCUGAGCACACACAUGGUACCUAUAAAGAAUUUGUUUGUUGUGGGUAAUGGAAACUAGCUAUUCACAGUGCUUGUAUGAUGUAUUAAAAUCUAGGUGAUAAAAAAUAACACUGUAUUAAAAGACAACAUUGUAGAGUCAAAA